AUUACACAAAUUGUAUGGAACAGAUUGAUGAUGAUUUAAAGAAAUGUGAGAGUGACAAAGAAGAAUUGCAAGAUGAAGUGCGAAGCAGCUUGUCAAAUUUAAAUGGUCAGCGGGAAUCAUACGAAUAUGAUAUAGAGCGUGCAGAAGCUAGGCUUAAAGAAUGCAAAGCUUUGAAUGCUGAAAUUACGAAAAAACUCAACUCCAAGGAAAUUGAAUUAAAUGAAUGCUUUAUUAAGACGAAGCAGUUACCAACUGUCCCUCCGCAACUUUCAAGUUCUUGUUUAAAUUUAACUGCUGGAGUUCAUGAGAUACAAAUUGAAAAUGGAAAACAUUUCAAUGUGGCUUGUGAUGGUGAUGGCUGGUUGAUUAUUCAGCAACGAUUUAAUGGAAGUCAAGACUUUAACAAGACCUGGAAGGAAUACACGGAUGGAUUUGGCGAUUUCCAAAGCGAAUUUUUCAUUGGAUUGGAAAAAAUACAUCUUAUUACAAGCUUGAAACGAUUCGAGUUACACAUUGGUGUAACAUUUGAGUGGGGUAAACGUUUCGCACAUUAUGAUAACUUUAGGAUUGGAGAUGUAGAAUCUCUUUACGAAUUGGAAGAAAUCGGCCACUAUGAAGGCGAUGAAUUCAAUGCUUUAGCUGAGAUUCUUAAAACGAAAUUUACAACAUUUGAUCAAAAUAAUAUUGUACAUUCCGUUGAAAAUUGCGCUGAAGAUGGCAUGGGUGGCUGGUGGUACUCGAAAUACUGUGGUAAUAGCAAUCUAAAUGCGCGCUACGAGGGCGAAAUACGCUGGUAUUUACCUAAAGUAAAGUCUGCAAUUAUGAAGAUUCGCCCCAACUCGGAUGGAAAUUAA